AUGGAGAUGCUCACCGCCAAAGCCGCGGUCGAGGUCCGAAAGCGGGCCCUCGUCAAGACGUUCGAGGUCGUCCAGCAGCUCGCAAGAACCUGCCCUCCAGCCAAUGACGAGAUCCGCGCCCGAUGCAUCUACUGCGAAAAGCCCGGAACCCACGAGUGCAGCCAUUGCAAAUCCGCCCGCUACUGCUCUCAGCAGUGCCAGGAUAAGGACUGGUCGAUCCAUCGCCUACUCUGCAGCACCCACGCAGAGUUCACCGACGACAAGCGGCCUUCGCCAGAUCAUGCGCGUGCCAUCAUCUUUCCAGCAGGCGACGUUCAACCUCGAUUUAUCUGGAUCGAGAAAUAUGCCGAGGGCGGUUACCACUUCCCCGUCAUUGACGGCUGGCUCGGACCCUACGCUCGAUACUCCAACAUGAUUACCGACGUGAACGAGGUGCUCAACCAAGCCGGCCACGGACACGACGUCGGUCAUGGACUCUUCUUGGUGGGACUGAACGAACACCCGCUACCCGAGGUGCCUCUCAACGCGAGCAUUCUAUCCCUCGGGAAACCCGGCCACAUGAAGGUGUGUUUCGGUAACCAGAUCAUCGCUGCCAGGAAGCAGAACGAGGCCGGUACCCGUGGCAUCACCGUCGACGAUGUUGAGUUGCGGGACUUGCGACAUGCCGUGGAUUUCUUUCAACACCACCCCAUGAAUCCAUGCGUCGUUAAUCCCGAGCGAUACACCAUGCCUGUCAUGCCUGGGGUCAUCAUUCACUGCGACGGCUCACGGCAGCGCCUCGGGCCCUUCGGUCUGCAGUCGCCCCUCGAGAGUGUCACGAUCCCCCGCCACUGUCUCGAGGACCUGGACAUAGCCGAUGGCAUCCACCAAGACGCGUGUGCCGGACUCCUCAAGCUCGAGCUCCGAUGGUUCUACCGCCGCUACUCAGCACACGCCGAGUGGCUGGAGAGCGAGACCAAGGGACAGAGCCUGCGGAACAAGCACGCGAAGCACAUGGUGUACCAGAUGCGCAAACGUGACAACUACUGCUGCCUAUACCCUGUACGCAACGCUGGCACCAUAGUCGUCUUCGACCAAGGCGGAGCGCCCAUCGAUCCGGCACACAUCCACGCCAUCAACGACUAUUUCGACGAGAUGCUGAAGCCUUCCUCGCACGAGUAUGCGGCAAAAGUCGCCAACGGAGCGGUCAGACGCGGCCUCGCCCGGCAACCGACCAGUUCAACCAUACACCCUACCAUGGAAGGGUUCAAAGCGUUCUGGGCCGGCUGGAAGGAGCAGAAGGAGGCAAGCGGCACCGAUCUUGGUGACAUGGCCUCCCCGUAUGCCAUUGAUGGAUCUUUCGACGAGGAAGAGCGGAACUUCAUGGCUGAAGUAUUCGAGGUCACGGUGCAGUGCAUGAGAGCGCUGGCAAUGUGA